GACCAGUACUCCGCAACUCCCUGUUUCCCCGAAUACCCCCCAGCCAGCCGCAUCUCGUCUCUGGGACGCCGCCUACCCCAAGUCCAGCUCCGCCUCGAUCUGCCCCUCGCCGGCAGCACGCCGCAAGUCCAGCGCCCCUCGCCGCAGCUGCUCCUAUCCUCCGCCAUCUGCUCAACUUCUCUCUCGCUCUUGUCUUCUCAAUUCUUUGUUCCCGUGGAUGGAUGCAGUGCAUGGAUAAUGGAUUAACUAUUCAAGUCUGGGCUGGACCAGCACACCUGGCUAGGGUUCUUUGCCGACGCGUGUCGCGCUCACGACCCGAGCCAAUCAGCUUCUCACUCUACUCAGUCCUCCUCUCCUCUGCGCCCGAUCAAGCUAGUGCCAAAACCCUAGCUCGCUCCCAACCCCGGCGGACGACGCCUCCCUUCCCAUAGCUUCGGCGCCCACCAUCCCUCUCUCCCUCCCACCCGCGACGCCCGGCUUCCAUCCAUCUCCCCCCGGCAAGCGAGGUUCGGCGAUGCCUAGACGGCGGUCGACGGCUGGGCGGAUGGACGCCGCCAUAGACCAUUCCAUCCCGAUGGGGUACAACAAGGCCCAAGUCCGCAGCGUGGUCAACACCCUCCUCAAGGUGUAUGGGACGGAAGAUGGGAACCAACCCUGGGCGCUCCUGGAGGACAACUGCUACCAGGUGGUGCAGGACGCGCUCUUCGAGAAGCAGGAGGAGGAGGAGCAGCAGUCGGAGGAGGAGGACGUCCAGGAGGAGGGCGGAGCUCAGCACCUUUUGCAGGAGCAGCAGCAUGAGGAGUUUGAGGAGGAUGACGAGGCUCCGCAACAAGAAGCAGCAAUGCACGAGGCACCAUUAGAAAACAACAUGACAAUUGUGAGGGUGCACAGUGACUUACCAUCUGAGGCUGCGUCAGCAGUUGAGGAAAAAGAGGAAGUUGUCCCUAUGACCAUCGAUGCACCUGCUCACAGAGCUGUGCUGCCACAGCCUCUACCUGCAGUUGUUGCUACGGAUGGAUCAGUGAGUCCGAGAGUGAUUCGGACUAUGAAGAACAUUUUGGUAAUCGGCAACAUGAGGCGCCUGUCCCAACUCCAGGAGGAGACGGGCUUUGCAACAAGAAGCGGCCAAGUAGAUGGGAUGUGAAGUGAAGUGCAGCACUUAACAGGAGAUGAGGCUGAUGCAAGUUCACAGCAAGAGUGGUGGCAGUGGCUAGUUGAUGUGGUCUGAAGAACUGACUGAAUUUGCAGCCGUACUGUAAUGCUAUGCUAGUAUAUACAUGUAUGUGUAGUAAUCUGGAGAACUGGGUUUGCAGUGGUAAUGUGACCCUAGUAGUAUAUUCUGCGUGAAGAAUGUAAGAACGGCAUGGCUGUUGCUGGCUAAUUAGGUAAUUUGACUCUAGUGUUUGUCUGGAUCAUGACCCCUGCGUUAGUUGGCUUGGCUGGAUGUCUUGCACAUUUGGGUUCGGGCUGAUCUGUUGUUGGCAGAGCUAUGUAACAGAUCAUAUGGCCUUAUGUAUUUUUAAUCAUGCAUGCAUGUUAGUAACUUGGCUGCA